AUGAAUAACACGACAGUGAACCUCACCACGCCUGAAGCAUUCUCAAACUCCACAAGUCUUUCUAUUGAUAUAAUGACCAGGCUGGAAAUUUGUGUGGGGAUCAUCAAUUUCCUGUUUGGUCUUCCUGCACACUCAUAUGUUAUAUGGCUCAUUGUCUCAGGAACAAGAAAUGAAGUUGCAUCAGGAUUCUUCAACCUCAAUCUCUCUGUCUGUGAGAUUGGUAACUGUCUGAAUAGUUUCUUGACUGUAAUGGAUUGUGUUCACUCGUUUUCUAGUCUCAAGGUUUUAACAAAUUUCACUUUGGGACUAGCCAUCACUGGUCGUCCUGUGUUUCAGUGUCUGAUCUGUGUUGAGCGUUACCUUGCAGUGGUUCAUCCUGUAACCUUUCUAAAGUUCAAACCUCUCAGAUACAGAGUGAUCUGUUCCACUGCUGCCUGGAUAAUUAGUCUGGGCUCCUGUUUUAGCAUGUUAAGUGUAGUAUCACAAAACAAAUAUAUUAGUGUAUGGUUCUUCUCUAUGCAGUUCCUAAUAUGUAUCUCUGUUCAGUUGUUUUGCCUUUUGGCUGUUCUCAGAGCUCUGAAGCAGUCAGGACCAGGAGAGAGAGGGAGAGAAAGAGAGGAGGAAAACCACAUGAAGAGAAGAGCGUUUUAUCUCAUUCUAAUAAUUACUGUGAGCAUGUUCCUACUCCUCUUCUCCAUUCAGUUGUUUUGCCUUUCGGCUGUUCUCAGAGCUCUCAAGCAGUCAGGACCAGUGUUGGUGGACUUUAAUAUCUACUGCUUCACAUUUGGUGUCAGAAGUGGGAUGGCCACCCACAAGAUGGUGCAAAGAGGACAAGAAGCCAAAAGGGGCCAAGUGGAAUCAGCUACUAAGGAGGAUGUGAACUAG